GUCUACAUCCGGCGGAAGUAAACAAAUCAGUUACGUUGUUUUGUUUUAUUCACGUCAGUUUUUGCAGCAGCAAAAUUUUUAGUUUAACAUCAGAGACCGGUGUUCUGCUGGAGAACGUUUAAUACGGUUUAAAGAACCGAAUCUGAACGAAGAGGAGAACGUUAUUCAUCGCAGACUGAUGGAGAUCUGCUGGAAUCCACAGAAAACCGACCCCCAAAAUGAGUCGUGCUGUAACGGAGAGGAAAUACCACUAAACCAGGAGGAACCAGAUCUUCUACAGAUGAAAGAGGACCAGGAGGAGUGGGAUCCAUCACAGAGAAAAGAAUCAGAACCAGAACCUCCCUGGAUAAAGGAGGAGCUCUGCAGCAGUGAGGAUGAGGAGCAGCUGGUUCUGAAACAGGAGACCGACACCUUCACGAUGACCUGUGAUGAGGGUGAGCUGAGUGAACCAGAACCAAACUCACAGCAGCUCCUCUCUCACAUCUCUGCUGUAACUCAGACUCUGAACCAGAAUCUGGAACCAGAAUCAGAUGGUGAUGCUGAGCUGAACCCAGAACAGACCCAUCACAGAGAGACCAGAACCGGGUCUGGUACUGAGCCUGUGAUGUGUGACCUUUGCGGGAAGACAUUAAAGAACAAAUACAAAGUUGAGUAUCAUCAGAGGAUUCACACGGGUGAAAAACCACAUGUUUGUAAAGUCUGUGGCAAAGGUUUCCGACAGAAGGAUUAUUUAAAACGUCACACGAGAACCCACACAGGAGAGAGGCCUCAUGUUUGCACGCUCUGUGGCAAAAGCUUCAGAGAGAGCUGUUAUCUGACCGUUCACAUGAGGUCCCACACAGGCGAGAAGCCUUACGUCUGCAAGUUAUGUGGCAAAAGUUUUAGGCACAGUGGGACGCUGUCCGAGCACAUGAAAAACCACAGCGGCGUGAAGUUGUUUUCCUGUGAAACUUGUGGGAAAAGCUUUAUUAAUAACUCCAAUCUGAGCAUCCACAUGAAAACCCACACUGACCUGAAGCCCCAUUCCUGUGACACUUGUGGCAAAAGUUUCCGACGAAGCCAUCAUCUGGUCAACCACAGGAGAACCCACACGGACCUGAAGCCGUACUCAUGUGUAACGUGUGGAAAAGCGUUCAAGACUCACGGUGGUUGGUCUUCACACGUGGGGUCCCAUGCAGGCCUGAGGCCGUACGUGUGUGGCACGUGUGGAGGAGCUUUCAGGAGCCACAGCGGGUGCUUCCUGCACAUGAAGUCCCACACGGGAGAGUCUGGAGCCGGAGAUCAGCUGUAGGACCAAAUAAUCAUGUUGAAACAGUGUGUGUGUGUUCUGGUAGAGUCAGGCCGGUGAACCUGUGGAUCAGCAGCCUGCUCACAAUUACAUUCUAGAGUAAAAACUACUUUGUUGUUUUUCAUGUUUAUAAAACAGAAUCAUGUUUCUGAGACCGAGGGAAUUUUGAAUCAGAAAGACUCGUCUUCAUUAUUGGUUAAGAAUUUCAUGAUGCUGCUUUCUUCUGUCGUGUUUGCACGUAAGUUCAGAAACAACCAGCAGAGGAGCUCACAGGAGGAGAGCUGAGCUCCUGUUUGAACAUGCAUGCUAGUCUUACUUGUAUCUGCACCUUGAUGCGUUUGGCUGCAUUCGCUCAUCAUAAAUAAAGAAUUCAUAUCUACUUUCACACUAAGAAAAGGCUGAAAACGUUUUUGUUUUACAUUUUAUUCACUUGGAGCAACGAGGUUUAUAAAUGUAGUUAAUAGAAACGACCUAACAAUAAUUGUAGUAAUGUUUAAAUGGUGAUAAUGAACGCUUAGUGUUGAACUUGUUAUUCAGACAGAAGAAAAUAUGUCUCAACAUAAAUCUGAGCUGCCAGUUAAGAGUUAAUGUCUGGAUGUUUUUAAUAACAUAAAAAUUCCGUUGUCUUGUUUAUUUGGAGAGAUAUUUGGUGUUUUGCAUUUAUACAGUAAAACUGAUCUGUGGAUGGGAGCCCCCUACCUGCUGCAGUAUCGUGUUCUGGCCACAAGGUGGCAUCAAAAUCACCCAUAAGCCUGGAAGAUGCAAACAUCCUGAAACCUGCAGAAGGGCUGACAUGGAGACUGGAGGAUGUGACGUCUACAGAGAAACAUAAAAACAACGAAGGAUCAUCACAGAGCACAGAUAAGAAGCCGUGUAGAAGAACCAGGAGCUGCAUGUGUGGAACACGUGGAGCUCCCUCAGGAGCAGCCAUGGUCGCACAUGAUGGUGUCUGAAACAUUAAACUCUCCAGAAGAGUUGUGAUGACGAAACACAAAAACUCGAGAGAGGAAAGUCAGUUUAUGGCAAAUGAUGACGUCAUCUCUGGGUUUCAGCAUCAUCAGACACUAGGGGGCAGUGUUGCUCCACCCAUGAUGACUGUAAGGAGCUGC